AUGGCCCGCAUCCUCAUAACCGGCUCCUCAGACGGCCUCGGCCUAGCCGCCGCCCAACGCCUAAUCUCCCAAGGCCACACCGUCGUCCUACACGCGCGCAACCCCCAGCGCGCCGCCGACGCCACCACCGCCUGCCCGGGCGCCGAAACAGUCGUAACAGGCGACCUAUCCAGCCUCUCGGAAACCAAGGCCCUCGCAACUCAAGUCAACAAACUAGGCCCAUUUGACGCCGUAAUCCACAACGCAGGCCUCUACCGCGGCCCUGUACGUAAGACCAGCGACGGCAUCCCCGCGCUCGCGGCUGUAAAUACAAUUGCGCCGUAUGUUCUUACUUGUCUGAUUGAGAAGCCGAAGCGAUUGGUUUUCUUGUCGUCGGAAAUGCACAAGUAUGCUGUGCCGAAGGAGCUGGAUGAUCCGCUGUGGAAGACGCGGGGGGAUGCAGUGUAUAGUGAGAACUCGGCGUAUUGUGCGAGUAAGCUGCAUAAUGUCAUGUUUGCAAAGGCGUUUGCGCGUAGGUGGCCGGAGGUUAGGAGUAAUGCGUUGGAUCCGGGGUGGGUGGCUACGAAGAUGGGGGGCAGUUCUGCGCCGGAGAGUAUUGAUGCGGCGGUUGAGAGUUAUGUUAUGCUUUCGGUAGGGGAGGAGGAGGCGGCGAAGAAGAGUGGAUGCUAUUUCCAUCCUAGUAAGCGGGAGGGGAAGCCGCUGGAGGCUGCGGAGGAUGAGAAGGCACAGGAUAGGUUGUUGGAGGCUUGUGCGGAGUUUUCUGGUGUUGGGCUGCCGUGA